UUCUCUCCGCUACAAAAACCAGAUUUUCCUCUCCGCUUCUCUCUCUCUCUCUCUCGUCGGAAGUAAAACACUCUCCUUUCUCUAUCUUCUGCUCAAAUCAUCCAUCGACAGACACAGUUGCUUAGGGUUUCCCUCAAACGCCGCCGAUUGUCUGGAUUUUGACCAAUGGCCUUAGAUCAAUCUUUUGAAGAUGCUUCUGUACUCUAUGGAGAAGGUGCAUUUUGUUUCAAGAGCAAGAAACCUGAACCCAUCUCUGUCUCCGUUUCUUCUGAUGAUGGCGAUGAUUCGAAUUUUGACUGCAAUAUUUGCCUAGACUCAGUGCAAGAACCCGUUGUGACUCUCUGUGGUCACCUCUUCUGCUGGCCUUGUAUUCACAAAUGGCUUGAUGUACAGAGUUUUUCAACAAGUGAUGAAUACCAAAGACAUAGACAGUGUCCUGUUUGUAAAUCUAAAGUGUCUCAUUCUACAUUGGUUCCUUUGUAUGGCAGAGGCCGUUGUACUACUCAGGAAGAAGGUAAAAACAUUGUGCCUAAAAGACCUGUAGGACCGGUUUACAGGUUUGAAAUGCCGAAUUCACCUUAUUCCAGUACGGAUCUGCGGUUAUCACAACGGGUUCAUUUCAAUAGCCCACAGGAAGGUUACUACCCUGUCUCAGGGGUGAUGAGUUCAAACAGUUUAUCAUACUCUGCUGUUUUGGAUCCUGUGAUGGUGAUGGUUGGAGAAAUGGUAGCUACGAGAUUGUUUGGAACACGAGUGAUGGAUAGGUUUGAGAUGGACAGUUCUGAAGCAGGUCUUGAUAGAAUUGAGGCACAGAGGUCAACGGGUGUGUCUCAUGACCAAUCGAAACAAAGAUACUCCUCCGUUAAUCUGAUAAAGGGCGGAAUCUUACGCGUAUUCCGUGCACUAGGUUUCCUUCAAGUCGAAGGAGAAGCAGCCACACCCCCUACGGGCGAAAAUGUGCCAGAGUUCUUCACCAAUAUCAGAUUGUCUGAUCUGUUUGACCUCCCCAGUGGAUUUGUGCCUAUGAGUCCUGAGAUUGUUAUCGCAGUAAGCGCGGGGGAUAAAGACUGGCUGGAGGUAUUGAGAAGUUACGGUAAGCCAAUGGAAUGUCUAAAGAGCGAUGGAGGAUAUUCUGUUCUUCACCUUGCUGCUGUUUGGGGUCGAGUUGAAAUAGUGAAGAGCAUAGUCUCUGAAUGUCCAUGUCUUCUUCUGGAGCAAGACUCGAGGGGUCAGCUUCCCCUUCACGUGGCGGCCCAUGCCGGUCAUAUAGCUGUUGUUGAGGCUCUUGUUGCGACAUUAACAUUUGUCUCAGCUACACUUUCUGAAGAAGAGAAGGAGAGAGUGAAUGUAUAUGUUCGCAAGAACAUAAAUGGAGAUACUCCUCUGCACUUGGCUUUGAAAGGCCACAAUGUGAAGACAGCUACUUUUCUGGUGAACACACACCAACGGGCUUCAUUUCUUGCGAAUAAAGAUGGGAUGUCUCCCUUGUAUAUGGCCGUCGAAGCUGGAAAGGUAUCACUUGUGAAGGCAAUGUUGAAAACUACAAAAAAUGAUGGACUUGAAGGAAGGGAUUCUAACUUAAAUUCACACUUGGAAGGGAGAAAAUACCUUGUCCACGCGGCUUUGAAGGCCAUGAAAAAAGAUAUCCUUGAUGUUAUUCUUAAAGAAUGUCCAACUCUCGAUGACGAGCUAGAUGAAGAAGGAAGGACUUGUCUUUCGUUUGGAGCAUCCAUAGGGUUUUUUAAUGGAGUACGCUACCUGUUACGCCGAUCAACAAAAAAUGUUUACGUCUGCAAUAAUGAUGGAUCCUUUCCGAUCCACAUUGCUGUAGAGAAACGUCAUAUUGGAGUUGUUAAUGAGAUUUGCAGGCGUUGUCCAAAUUCAAUAUACCUGCUUAACAAACAAGGUCAAAACAUUCUUCACAUUGCAUCAAAGAGGGGGAAAAUUGCAAAUUCGUUUUUGCGUCAUUUCGCCAGAACUGAGCUGAUGGAGAAGCAAGAUGUGGAUGGGAAUACACCUCUGCACCUGGCUGCCAUAAACUGGCGCCCUCGUACGAUUUUUUAUCUAAUUUUAAAUUGCAAGCCAAAAUGCAGAUUUAUAAGGAACAAUAGUGGUUUAACAGCUCUGGAUAUAGCCGAGUUAAAUCUGCAACCUAACUACAUCUUCAUGGAGAGGGUGACACUGAUGGUGUUAUUGUUCUUCUUCCCAUCAAAAGAUUAUUCCUGGAGUCCUGUCCAGCGUCACCCCCGUCUUAAGAUGGAGAUGCCGAUCAUAAUGGACAACAUGGUCGAGAAAAAGAUAACAAGACGAUCAGAUCCACCAGCUGGUGACAAAAACAAAGACUACGUCAGCACUCUUCUAGUGGUGGCAGCUCUUGUAGCAACGGUGACGUUUGCUGCUGGUUUUACAAUACCAGGUGGCUUUAAUAGCUCUGGUCCGAACCUGGGGAGGGCAACUCUAGGCAGUGACCGAAAACUCGUCUUUUUUAUGGUAUUUGACAUUCUGGCAAUGCAAAGCUCCAUUGUAACGAUAGCUACUCUAAUCUGGGCGCAGUUGGGCGAUCCAACACUCGUUCGUAGAUCCUUAAAUGUGGCAUUUCCAUCACUGUUUUUCGCUCUUCUCUGCAUGCCGGUGGCAUUCUAUUGUGGCGCUCUUGUUGCAUUUGCACAUGUUAAGGGGCUUGUUAUCUUCCUCAACAUUACAUUUGCGAUCUUCCUCUUUCUAAUGCUCUUUGUCCUUGGCCCUCACGUUUUUCUACAAAUACCUGGCAUUUCUGCUUACUUUGGUGGCUAUUUCAUAUUUUUUAUUAUGCUUCUUGAUGAAGACAGCAAUGCAAAGGCGUCUUCUGAUGGUUUUAUCCCCAUCCACUCGGCCUGCGUUCCUAGAUGCACCUCAGCUCUCAAGGUGAUCUUAAAACACCACCAAGACACAAUAGAGAUGCUUAACUCAGGGUCAAAACGUUUCUUCAUGUUGCUGCUGAAAAGCGGGAAUGCACAAGCUGUUGGCUAUGUGCUCAGAAAAUAUGUCGAAGCAAGAGUAGGGUUUGAGAUGGAUGUUUCUGAAGCACGUUUAAGUAGAAUUGAGUCACAGAGUUCAACUGAUUCGUCUCAUGACCAAAGGAGACAAGGGUACUUCUCCAUGAAUAAGAUAAACAACGGUCUUCGCUCACUCAGUUCACGAGGUUUCCUUCAAGCUAGAGGAAAAGCCAUACCGCAGCCUAUGGAAGACACUGAGUCUGUGUCGGAGUUCCUUAUUAAUCUCAAAUGUUCGGAUCUUUUCGAUCUCCCUGGUGAAUAUGUGGUGAUGAAUGCGGAGAUGCUUAGCAGACUGAGUGAUGAGAACGAAGAAUGGCUGGAGAAAAUGAGAAGCCUUGGAACACCACUGGCAUGUCUCAAGAAUGAUCAAGGAGAUUCUGUUCUUCAUCUUGCUGCUACAUGGAAUCAUCUAGAACUAGUGAAGAGCAUUGUCUCUGAAUGGCCAUGCCUUUUAUUGGAGCCAAACUUGAAGGAUCAGCUUCCAUCUCAUGUAGCGGCUCGUGCUGGACGUCUAGCUGUUGUUAAGGCUCUUGUUGCGUCGAUAACAUUUUUUUCAGCUAGACUGGCUGAAGAAGAUAGGGAGAUACUGAAUCCAUAUCUUCUGAAGGACAUAAAUGGAGAUACUGCUCUGAACUUGGCCUUGAAAGGUCGCUAUAGGAAGGUUGCUCUCUGUUUGUUGAAGGCGAACAAACAAGCUUCUUUUCUUGCGAGUAAAGACGGAAUAUCUCCCUUGUAUUUGGCAGUAGAAGCCGGUGAUGUCUCACUUGUGAAAGCAAUGUUGGGAAAUGAUGGUCCUGAAGGGAGAAGUUUUAACUUAGAAGGGAGACAAUAUCUUGCACACGCAGCUUUGAAGUCCAUGAGUACAGAUGUCCUUGAUGUUAUUCUUAAUAAAUAUCCAACUCUUGUCGAUGAGAAAGAUGAAGAAGGAAAAUCCUGCCUUUCGUUUGGAGCAUCCAUGGGAAAUUAUAAAGGAGUAUGCAACCUGUUAGACCGAUCAACAUCAAGUGCCUUUGAAUGCAACGAUGAUGGAUCAUUUCCAAUCCAUGUGGCAGUAGAGAAAGGUCAUAUUGAAGUUGUCAAAGAGAUUUUAAAACGUUGUCCAUACUCAAAGCACUUGCUUAACAAAAAAGGUCAGAACAUUCUUCACAUUGCAGCUGAAAGUGGGAAGUUUAAAAUUCUACGCCACUUGACGAGAAAUGAACAAACAAACCUUCUAGCUUCUGAGCAAGAUGUGGAUGGGAAUACACCUCUACAUCUAGCAACCAUAAAGUGGCGCCCUCGAGCUGUUUGUGAGCUUGCAGGGAAAAAAAACCUGUUGAUACAGAACAAUAGGGGCUUGACAGCUCUAGAUAUUGCCGAGUCAAAACUGAAACCCCACUACAUCUAUCGAGAGAGGUAUACACUGCUGGUCUUAGUAGAAGCUCACUUCCAGAACGAUCCUAGAUGCAGGCAUACCAUGUCGCCAACAAGACCAAUAACGCCUAAGGGGGGAGGAAACAAAGAUUACGUCAACGCUCUUCUAGUAGUGGCAGCUCUUAUAGCCACCGUGACGUUUACUGCUGGUUUUACUUUACCAGGUGGCUUUAAAAGUUCUACUCCGAACUUGGGCAUGGCAAAUCUAGCAACUAACCCUCGCCUCCUCCUUUUCCUGCUAUAUGACAUUUUAGCACUGGAAACCUCAUUUGUAGCUGUAGUUUCUCUCAUAUUGGCGCAAUUAGGUGAUCCUGCACUAUAUCAAAGUACCGUAAGGGUGGCCAUGGCAUUAGUGUGUAUUUCUAUAUAUUUCAUGAGCAUAGCAUUCUUCUUCGCCAUGGUUAUUGCAGCUGGGAAUGUUAUAUGGCUUAUUGUCUUCUUUAUUAUUUUAAUUUUGCCCUUCAUAGGUGUGAUUGUUUCAAUAUUUUACCCUCACUUCGUCCUACAUAAUCCUGGUCCUCCUGCUAUGGUUAGCAAGUAUUUAGUUUCUCGUGUAGGUAUAGUUGAUGACGAUGACCAAAGGUAUCAGUCCUCUGCGGACAAGUCUGUGAAUAUCUCUGGCAAUGAUCACAUCGAAAUGCCAGGCACUAGUUCGGAAAGGGAAUGGUUUUGAUGCAGGGCGUCCUCCUAUAUCCUAUGUUAUUUGGGUUUUCUUAUUCAUUUGGUGUACGCUUUUCUUUAUCUUGGAUAAUUUGGCUUGUCUUUUUCUUCUUCUUCGGAUUAGCUUUUACGUGAGAUAGUUCAAUAGCUCUAGCUUUGGACAAAUGCAUAUUUCUCAAUUUAUUUGAAAUUUUCUAUCUCGUUUUGGUAUCUUUCCUUAUCGAGAUUGAUUUGUUUGUCUCACUUACAAAGAUUUUGAAGACUCUAAAUGGUUAACGGUUAUAAGAGCAUGAUUAACGGUUAAGAACCAAAUGGUUCUAAACUUUAUAUCUUAGCAUUAAUAAAUGAUUUUGUGAGUU